AGUUUGCGAAGAUAUAGGCAAUGUUUUAUCAGCGCUACAGCGACAAAUGGAAAACCCUUCAUACAAAACUUGCAUAGUAUUUCUGUACAUAUAUUUAAUACAAUUCUUCAUAGCUAGUGCUGCCCGUCUAGUGCGCAUUCCUUAUGUCCUUCUCUUCCUACGCCUCGUCGGAACGCGAUGAAAUUCAAAAAUACCUAGAGGCCCCGCUCAAAUGGAAAAGAUACGGUGUUUUCCUUUGGAGUACAGCUGUCUUUCUCCCAUUUGUCUGCUUUGUCUCGGCAGCAUAUCUACUAGCCAUCCCAUUUAUAUUUAUCCGCAUCGCGUUAAUCAAUGCAUCUAUCUAUACAAGUCUUGGCUUUACAAUUAGAAGAAAAGUUGGCCUGUUUUUUAUUGACAUAACUGUCUUUUUUCUAGUGUUCAUCUCACCUGAAUUCAUAAAGAGUGCCAAUUUGGGUUCCAACUUCCAUUUUCAGGAAUCUCUGAUUUUGGAUACUUUCAGCAAAAUUCUUUGGGCUUUUAUCUCUGCUUCACUGUACCAUUUAUAUUCUAGAGCUUAUUACCAUUUGAAUUUUACAACCGUCAUUCAGCGAAGAUUGGCACGAAUUCGACUCGCAUUUCCUUUGUCUAUCCGCAGUUCAAUUCAAAUGUUAAAAUGUCUGUUAUCGUUACUGGCCAUAUUAUUUCUAAUCCGAAUGUCUAUUCCUCUUUGGUUACCUGUAUUUAGUGGAUCAGGAGACUUAAAAAAAUACUAUACCUUACAUUAUCAAAGAGCAGAAGAAGAGCACUUGGCUGAUUCGCUAGGUCUUCCCAACUCAGAUCAUGUUUCAACAUCUGAUUUCAGAUAUCAAUAUCAACAAGAUAGAGAUCAUGUUUUUUUACAGAUCUUUAAGAAUCCUUUAUUUACUCUUAUAUAUACGUUAAUAAAUCCAAGGGACCUCUCCAUUUCUUUGGUUUUGGGCCGUCUCGUCGACAUCUCAAGUACUGUGAUUAUUUUGGAGAUGGUAUGGCACAUCGCCAGUAUCGUUCAUACUGAACACCUUUCUUUUGACCAGCUAUUACCAAUUGAUCUACACUCUUCCAGAACAACUUGCACAACCCGGUCAUCUAAAGCAGCCAACCGUCAUGCCUUACUUCUGAACGCGUUAUCUACCAAAAACUCUUUUAUAUUUUUGCAUGCUUACCAAGAUUUGUAUCACUUGGCCUAUCAUCAGCAGGAAAGAAGACAGCUCUUUUAUUCUGACUUGACCUGUACUUCGUGGCAAACGUUUGUUAAUACAUGCUGUAGCUAUAUUAAUACUGUUUCUGAUGAAAUUUUUCAAACCUGCGAAUACCUUGAUCAGGGAGAACAGCCAACAGCAGCUUAUUCAUUUGUACUAUCUACGAUUCCUGUAUUUAUAUACAAAAUUUUAGGAACCAUCGUCAAGCAUUUACCAAGGAGGGAUCCCACUUACUUUGAAUCUCUAUGCUUCGUUGUUCCAUCUCAUUCGCUGGCUCUGCAGCAGACUACUCUACUGUUUUGUAUCGGCUCUAUUGCCAAACUUACUUCAACAUCGUUCAAAGAGGAUGGAUUAGGCUUGGUAGUCGCAAACAAUACAAUACCGGUCGUAUUAAAUUCUUUAUUGACGCUUUUACAAGAAACAGAAACAUACGUGCAGAAGAUGAUCCAUGUUUUUGGCUCACCAACGCAUCUAUCCUUUAAUUCUUGCAUCCUUGGUGACCCUUUAACCCCUGAUAAAUUUUGUCAUACGCUCAUAUCAGCCAUUACAGAGGCUAUAUAUGAAAUAACUACCGUAUUCUAUGAAUACUUGAAAUGCUAUAGCUUUAGCCCUGCCCAAGCACGUUUACUUAAAGAAUUUCUUGAUUUUACAAGAUAAAUAGUUUACGUUUUAAUUUUUCUGUGUUUCCAACAACUAUUCCUAGAUUGAUAGAGCGUAUCCUGGAUACUCCGUUAUGGCUAACUGUGUUUUAUGUAAAUAGAGUUUGAAAAUGUAUUGUUGUCUAUAGAUCAAA